AGUGGUUUAUUAAUCCUGGAUAUUAUACAUGCCUGGCUUAUAAACAACAAAACAAGGACCCAUCCACUUUGGUUGAAAGCCACUAGAUGCUUCUGGGGAUUUUAAUGAUUACAAAUCCCAAAUGAAGGCCAUGCUCUAUCUUUUCUUGUUACUGUUCGGUCUGCUGUUCCGCUGUUAUCACCUCUCAGAACCUGAUGAUGUCCAUGGUAAUGAUCGAAAUACAAAUUCCACUAACCAACAGCAACAUUCCACUUUGGAACGAGAAUGUAACACUGAAGUCAGUGCUCUGCACAAGAUAGUCCCUUAUAAUGCUGACUUUGCAUUCCGAUUGUACAAACAAAUGUCUUCUGAUUCAGAUGACAAAAAUAUUUUCUUCUCUCCUGUGAGCAUCUCCACAGCCUUUGCCAUGCUGGCCCUCGGAGCUAAGUCUCAAACCCAGACUCAGAUUUACAAUGCCCUUGCUUUCAACCUGUCAGAGAUUGAAGAAAAUGAGAUACAUAAAGGGUUUUGCCAACUUAUCCACAAGCUUAACCUUCCAAGAGAGGAAAUGCUUGCAAAAAUUGGGAAUGCUUUGUUCUUAGAUGAGUCAUUGAAAGUUCUCCCUACAUUUCUGGAAGACGUCAAAACCUUGUAUCAGGCUGAAACCUUUUCUACGAAUUUCUUGAAACCUAUAGAAGCAAAACAGCAGGUCAAUGAUUACUUAAAGAACAGAACUUAUAGAGAAAUGGUCAACAAAGCCCGUGACUUCAGUAUACACAUGGUCAUGGUCCUCGUGAAUUACGUCUUCUUCAAAGAUUUCUGGAGAGAAAAGUUUCAUCCUCUAUUAACCACUGAAAAACAUUUUAUUGCCUAUGGAAACACAACCAUUAAAAAAAACUUUAUGUGCCAACGCACCUGGAUAAAAUUUCUGCACGAUGAAGAUCUUUCUUGCUCGGUAGUGGAAAUACCUUAUUCAAGAAAUGCUGUAGCAUGGUUCAUCCUGCCAGACGAAGGGAAACUAAAAGAUGUAGAAAGGUCUUUGGUAAAAGAAGACAUCAAUAAAUGGAGAGCUUCUUUUCAGUACAGAAAAACAGAUGUAUGGAUUCCAAAAUUUUCCCUUUCUGCAUCCUACGACUUCAAAGGCUCCUUGCAGAGACUAGGCAUGGCAGAUGUCUUUAAUGAUCACACUGAUCUAUCUGGGAUUACAGGAAAACGUAAUCUGAGGGUUUCUCAGCUUGCCCGCUGGAUGGCUGCCUAUUGCCAGAAGUCAAAGCUAGGCCUCCUCCUGCCCUUGCAGUGCUACGUGCUUUAGUGUGUUGGUUAAGAUGAAUGGUGAGGCAGAAAUGUUUUAAUAAAUAAAUAAAAUGCUGCGGGCAUUUGGGCCAGCUGCAGAGAGAUGAGAAAAUCAUGCUCUGUGAGCAGAAGUCCUUGUGCCCACAGAAAUGCUAGUCUGCAUUCAAGCCUGUAUCCUGUGUAGCGGUGGGCACCGUCCCCCCCCCCAAAUAUCCAGGAAAUCUGUAUAUGGGUUUCAGGGAUCCCCAAAACAUCCAAGAUUCCUCAAAUCCAUGAAAGAUUCCCUGAUCCAGUUAAUACAGAUCAGAGAAUCCCAGAAAUAUUCAGCCAUUAUGGGCAAAACUCUCCUUAUAGGCAAAACUCUUUCUGAAUAAGAAUACAUGAAAUCUCCAAUUUACAGAGCUUGGAUGUAAGUCAGGUGUUUAAUAACAACAACAACAUUCUAUUUAUAUACCACCCUUCAGGACAACUUAAUGCCCAAUCAGAGCAGUUUACAAAGUAUGUUGUUAUCCCCACAACAAUAAUCACCCUGUGAGGUGGGUGGGGCUGAGAGAGCUCCAGAGAGCUGUGACUAGCACAAUGUCACCCAGCUGGCUUCAAGUGAAAGAGUAGGGAAUCAAACCAAGCUCUCCAGAGUGCCGCGCUCUUAACCACUACUCCAAACUGGCAUUUCCCCAUAGAGAUACAUGCAAUAGAUUGUGGAUAGGUUCCCAGGCUGGCUCUAAGGAGCCUGUUUAACCCAGAAUGUAGCUGAAAUACUAAAGGCCGGGCUGAAAGGAGAAGGAAGCAAAGAGGAGGAUAGGGUAGGAAAGGAGAGGAACAGGUCAACAUUGUCUACUUGAACUCAGACUGGCAGCGGCUCUCUAAGGUCUCUGGCAGAGGUCAUUCACUUGACUUAUGACCAGAUCCUUAACUGGAGAUGCUGGGGAUUGAACCCGGGAAUUCUGCUUGCAAAACAUGUGCACUACCACAGAGCCACAGCCCCUCCCUCUUAGGCUGAGGGUGUGGGACUGACCAAAGGUCACCCAGCCAGCUUCCAUGACAGAGUGAGAAUUCAAACCUGGAUUUUCCCCAUCUUAGUCUGACAUUCUAACCACUACAUCACACUGGCUCUAUGUAAAUAAGUGCAAGAGACCCAAAUUCUUAUAUCACAUUGAGGGAGGUCUAAAAAUUGUCUGGAACUGCCAAGGAAAGAGAUCUUUGAGUCAUACUGGGAAACUUGGAUUAGAUCUCCAAAGAAAAAAGGUGAAAGAAAUGUUAGGUGAUAUUAGUAAAGAGAUUGUAAGCAAAAGAGAAUAAUGCCAUUACAGAAAGUGAAGCACUGACCUGGAUAGCCCAGACAAGCCUGAUCUUGUCAUAUCUCGGAAGCUAAGCAGUGUCUUCCUUAACAACAACAACACUCUAUUUAUAUACUGCCCUUCAGGGCAACUUAACACCCACUCAGAGCGGUUUACAAAGUAUGUUAUUAUUAUCCCCACAACAAAACACCCUGUGAGGUGGGUGGGGCUGAGAGAGCUCCUAGAAGCUGUGACUUACCCAAGGUCACUCAGCUGGCUUCAAGCAGAGGAGUGGGGAAUCAAACCCGGCUCUCCAGAUUAGAGUACUGGCACUCUUAACCAUUACACCAAACUGGCACAGUCAUUAAUCAUUAGAUCAGAGACCCCUAGAGAAGAUCAUGGUUGCAAAGGCAGGCAAUGGCAAACCACCUCUGUUACUCUCUUGCCUUGAAAACUUUACUAGGGGUUGCCAUAAGUCAGCUAGGACUUGAUGACACUCUCUACCACCACAUAUAGUGAAAGAUGGGGAGAGUUAUGGCUGCCCCUUCAAGUGAAGAUGGUGGGGGGACAGAAAUCAUGCAUGAACAUGAUCAUCUACGGGUCCGUCUCUCCCUAUAUGUUCCCUGGAGGACACUCCAAUCAGGGAACAAACAGCUGUUAGUGAUCCCUGGCCCCAAGGAGGCCCGCCUAGCCUCAACUAGAUCCAGGGCCUUUUUGGUCUUGGCUCCCACCUGGUGAAAUGUUCUGUCUGCUGAAAUCAGGUCCCGGCAGGACCUACUAUCUUUUCACCGGGCCUGGAAGACAGAGUUGUUCUGCCAGGCAUAUGGCUGGGGCUGGGCCUCCGCCAGCCUGGGAAAAAAAGGGUGUAUAAAUCUUAACCCUUCCUGAGAAGGCUGUCCACCAUCCAGUUUUUAAUGUACAUGAAUUUUUUAAUUGUGUUUUUAAUAUGUUGUUAUCCACCCUGAGCCCUCUCGUGGGGAGGGCGGAAUAGAAAUCUGAAAUAAAUAAAAUAAAUAAAUAAAAUAAAUUAAAAUAAUUAUUUGGGUGGAAUAUCUUCACUGUGAGGACAAACUUCAAAACUUCUGUUCAGGGAGGGGGAGCUAAGAUAUGACAUAAUCGCAUCUAAUAAAAUUAUAGAAAGGGUGAGUAAAGAAAUUUCUUUUUUAAAAAACCUCUCAAGUCAGUGGCAAAGUUCAGUGGCGAGGUAUGCUGUGGUUUUGUCUGGGAUAGUAUUCCUGAUGGCUUGCAGUCCAUCUGCAUGUGGGAUAUUGGUGUACAGAGCCUCAACAUCCAUGGUUGCUAGGAUGGUGUCAUCUGGUAUGUUGUCAAUGGACUGUAUUUUCCUUAGAAAGUCAGUGGUGUCCCGUAAAUAGCUGGGUGUGCUGGUGUCAUAGGGCCUGAGGAUAGAGUCCGUAUAUCCUGAGGCUCCUACUGUGACAGUGCCAAUUCCUGAAACAAUGGGGCAUCCUGGGUUACCUGGUUUGUGGAUUUUGGGUAGUAGGUAGAAUGUUCCUGGCUGUGGUUCCUGGGGUGUGUUUGUAUGGAUACGUUCUUGUAUGUCCAUGGGGAGUAUCUUUAAUAUUUUAUUGAGUUCCCUUUUGUAUUGCUCCGUAGGGUCAGUGUUUUAUAGAAUGUUGUGUUGGAGAGUUGUCUCUCUGCUUCCUGUGUGUAGUUAUGUUUGUCCAGGAUGACAACUGUGCCGCCUUUGUCAGCUUCCUUGAUUACGAUGCCAGAAUUAUUUUGGAGGCUGUUUAUGGCAUCUCUUUCUGCACGACUGAGAUUCUGGUGUUGUUUGUCAAUUAUCUCAGCCUGACAGAAGCAUUCAAUGUAAAAGUCCAAUGAGGAGUUGCGGCCCUCAGUGGGUGUCCAUGAGGAAUUCUUGUUUCUGGAGCUUUGUAACGAAGAUUGUGCAUUGCUGGAUUGGGAGGGUGAUUGCUGCUGUGAUGGUGUCUGUUCAGUGCUUUGUUCAUCGUUUUGUUCAGCGGAGUGGUUGAAGAAUUCCUUCAGUCUUAGGCAUCUAAAAUAGGCCUCCAGGUCUCCACAGAGUUGUAUGGUUUGUGAGGGUCUGACUGGGCAAAAAGAUAGUCCACGUGAGAGGACAGAUUCCUCUGCUGGGUUCAGUUUGUGGCUGGAGAGAUUGAUAAUGUUGCUCGGUGGAUCUAAAGUGGUCUUCUCCCUGUUACAUGCAGGAGUUUUGAAUACUUCUUCUCCUUCUUGUUCUGUAAUUCAGUAAGUAAUGUGGAAUAGAUGGUUUCUCUGGUUUUGGUAAAAAUCUGCCAGCUCCUGGUGUGUGUAAAGGGCUUGUUUUUUAUGGAAGAAUCUAGUUCAGAGAUCUCUUGCUUGAUCCUUUGUUGUUUGCUGUACAGCAGUCUGAUGAGGUGAUUUAAGAUCUUCCUGGAUAAGGUGUUGCAUAAUUUCUCACUGUAGUCUGUGCAGUAAGUGGAUCUUAGUGGGUUCUUCACACACAGUCCCUUGGGUAGAAUGUCCAGGUUUUUUGCAUUUAGAAAGGAAGGUGAUGUCUAUUUGUAUCUGUGCCAGUUUCUUCAUGAAGUUGAUGGAUUUCCUCUCCAUUUGGCUGAAAUCCAUCAUUGACAGACCCAUCAUUGCAUAGAAAACACCUUUUCUCUCUAGAGGAAAAACGAACCUGUUCCCCAAUCAUCAGUUUCCAGCUUCACUACAUCUAACCAUUCUGAGUUCACAGCCUUCCCCAGAUAGAAGAGCACCUGAUCUCCAACACCUUACUAUAACAGACCAGAGAGAACUCUUGGGAGAUAUUUUUGCUUUUUUUUGUUCUUGUAACUGAAACCCCAGUAAUACCAUCCACAUUGCAAAUCAAAUUGAAUGACGUUUGCCCAGCGCUAGACUUUUCCCUGGAAAACAUUGGUAGCUCCGGUGCUAUCACUGCUGUGAGACCAAAUGUGUCAUUUACUGUCAGUUGCCAGAAUCCUGACUAUUUUAUAUUUCAUCAGAAAAUGUACAGAUAGACUCAUCUCUAGUGUACACACUCGAUAUAAAUGUAUGUGCUUUCUCUACAGAUUCUUCAUGAAGCUGUGCUAGUUGUUCAUGAGCAUGGCACUAUGAUGGGUCAAGCUAUCCCUGGAGACCCGUUGUUUCGUUCUCUCCCUC